CUGACACGGGAGCCGAGGGGUAUUUGAAAAACGGAAUGCGACUCUUUCAGAAUCUGUGAUAUUUCCAGCGAGAAAGCACCAAUUUGUACACCAUCCUUUAAAAGGGAGCAUGUUCAAGUAACAGGUGUCGGUGGUGGGAUCUCUUAAGCUCCUCCCCUCAGCUGGAGCCCCUGUUCUGUAGAUCAGGAGACCCCGUUUCUCCACUCGCAUUGACUCAGCAGGAGUGAAGAUGAGGAAGUUUGCCUACUGUAAGGUAGUGUUGGUGACCUCUCUGGUGUGGGUCAUGUUGGACAUGUUCAUCUUGCUCUACUUCAGCGAGUGCAAUAAAUGUGACGACAAGAAAGAGAGAGGACUACCGGGGCGAGGCGAAGUGAUUCAGAGGGCACAUGACGGUCCUGGGGAGAUGGGGAAAGCGGUGGUGAUUCCUAAAGAGCAGCAGGAGAAGAUGAAGGAGAUGUUUAAAAUCAACCAGUUUAACCUGAUGGCCAGCGAGAUGAUCGCACUCAACCGUACCUUACCAGACGUCAGGCUGGAGGGGUGUAAGAAUAAGCUGUAUCCUGAUGAUCUUCCUCGUACGAGCGUGGUGAUAGUUUUUCACAAUGAAGCAUGGACCACUCUGCUUCGCACUGUCCACAGUGUCAUCAACAGGUCUCCACGGCACUUACUGGAGGAGGUGGUACUGGUGGACGACGCCAGUGAAAGAGAUUUCCUGAAGCGUCCGUUAGAGCAGUACGUGCGUCGACUGGAGGUGCCGGUGAGGGUGGUGCGGAUGGAGCAGCGAUCCGGUUUGAUCCGCGCCCGGCUGAAGGGGGCGGCGAUCUCCACGGGUCAGGUGAUCACUUUUUUGGACGCCCACUGCGAAUGCACCGUAGGCUGGUUGGAACCUCUCCUCGCACGUAUCAAACUGGACAGGAGAACAGUGGUGUGUCCUAUCAUAGACGUGAUCAGCGAUGACACGUUUGAGUACAUGGCGGGAUCAGACAUGACCUACGGUGGUUUUAACUGGAAGCUGAAUUUCCGCUGGUAUCCAGUCCCACAGAGAGAAAUGGACCGACGGAAAGGAGACCGAACACUGCCCGUCAGGACUCCCACUAUGGCUGGUGGCUUGUUUUCCAUAGACAGAGACUAUUUCCAGGAGAUCGGAACGUACGACGCUGGCAUGGACAUCUGGGGUGGAGAGAACCUGGAGAUCUCAUUCAGAAUCUGGCAGUGUGGGGGAACCCUGGAGAUCGUAACGUGUUCUCACGUGGGCCACGUGUUCCGUAAAGCCACUCCUUACACGUUCCCCGGCGGGACCGGACAGAUCAUCAACAAGAACAACAGACGCCUGGCCGAGGUCUGGAUGGAUGAGUUUAAGAACUUCUUCUACAUCAUCUCUCCAGGUGUGACAAAGGUGGACUACGGGGAUAUUUCCUCCAGGACGUCUCUAAGACAGAGAUUACAGUGCAAACCGUUCUCCUGGUACCUGGAACACAUCUACCCCGAUUCCCAGAUACCACGCCACUACUACUCACUGGGAGAGAUUCGUAACGUGGAGACUAACCAGUGUUUGGAUAACAUGGCCCGGAAAGAGAACGAGAAAGUGGGAAUUUUCAACUGUCACGGCAUGGGAGGCAAUCAGGUGUUCUCGUACACAGCCAAUAAGGAGAUCCGUACGGACGACCUGUGUCUGGACGUGUCUAAACUCAACGGGCCUGUUAUGAUGCUGAAGUGCCACCAUCUCAAAGGCAAUCAGCUAUGGGAGUAUGACCCUGUGAAGCUGACCCUGCUGCAUGUGAACAGUAACCAGUGUCUGGACAAAGCGUCUGAGGAGGACAGUCAGGUCCCCAGCGUGCGAGACUGCACAGGGGGUCGUUCCCAGCAGUGGCUUCUCCGCAACGUCACGCUGCCCGAGAUGUUCUGA